CCCGCGCACCGGUCUGCCUCGCACGCGCUUCGCGUUUAGUGCUAGUUCCAGUGUUUAGUGACAUGGUUCUGUGUGUUGAUCGGAUUCCGUUACUGUGCCAUUGAAAUCGGCGUGUUGCAGCCAGCGCAAGUGCGGUGAUGCGCCGGGAGCGCCCGCGUUCGACACAUGCAUGCCGCCCGCGCACCCGGUGUGGUUGUGAUGUCAUGGUGGUGGGCGCUGGCGCUGCUCGCGCUGGGUGCCGCCCGCGCCGCGCCCCGGGCCGGCUCCGGUGAGCUAUUUUACAGUUAUCAAAUGUCGCGCAAAUCCUGUGUUGUGGGCGGCGCGCGGGGCGCAUGCAUGUGGGUGCAGGAGUGCAACCGGGUCGGCGGGUUGCACGCCGGCGUGUGUGUGGACGGCUUUAUGUUCGGCUCAUGCUGCCGGCUGCCGGACCGGCCAGUUGUCCAAGAGACACCGGUCCCUGUUACCAUCACAGAGCGGCCCUACACGCCACCAAGCACGACUCCCAGCACAACCCAAGCACCAACCGAGCCGUCGACAACAACCGCGAGACCUACCGUCCAAACCAUACGACCGUCGUUCAUGACCAAGCCAAUAGAUGGCGCGCCCACAUACAGCUAUCGCCCGCCUGAAAUAAACCUACCCUCAGUAGGCAACCUAGAAGCAAAUAGCGAACAAAAUAGUGAUAAUAUAGUUAAUAAAAUAACAUAUAACAGUGUAAAUAAGUACCAAAAUGUACAUAGGCCGAGCAGUGAAAUGGAAACUAGUCCACACAACAAAAUAUCGUCUAGUCUUAGCUUAAUGCAGGGGGCGCGACCCAUGGCCGUGUCCGACCAACACGCGGAGAACAAUAUUCCUUCAGCACACAUGAUGUCACGGCCAAGCAACUUAAACACAAUCCACUGGCAGGUGACAACCGAGCCUUCCUUUAUAACAAAACCAAGACCAAACUGGGAGAAGCCGGCGGGGAAACCGAAGCCGACGAAGAAGUUCACCACCACGACGAGUAAGCCUCACAAGAACUACAUGAGGCCAAAGGACCCAGCUGUGACCAUGAUCAAUAAAACUGAUGAUUCCACUCCCGCGCCGAUCCAUACUACGGCUGCUACGAAUAGUGCUGAAUGCGGAGUAACAACUAUGUGGCCACGUCCAGAAACCCGUAUCAUGGGUGGCAAAGACUCCAGCUUCGGGCGAUGGCCUUGGCAGGUCUCAGUCCGUCGUAACUCGUUCUUCGGUUUCUCUUCAACGCAUCGGUGUGGAGGUGCUAUCAUCAAUGAAGGCUGGAUCGCUACUGCUGGACAUUGUGUUGAUGAUCUCCUGACCUCGCAAAUAAGGAUACGCGUGGGCGAAUACGACUUUUCAUCAGUAUCAGAACAAUACCCCUACGUCGAACGAGGAGUCGCCAGAAAGGCUGUCCAUCCUAAAUACAACUUCUACACGUAUGAAUAUGAUCUGGCGUUGGUGAAACUGGACUCGACCGUACAAUUCGCGCCGCAUAUAGCGCCGAUAUGUUUGCCAGCGACUGAUGAUUUGUUGGUCGGUGAAAAUGCCACUGUGACUGGUUGGGGAAGAUUGUCGGAAGGUGGAGUGCUUCCAUCUGUUUUACAAGAGGUCCAAGUGCCAAUAGUUUCAAACGAGCGAUGUAAAUCGAUGUUUCUUCGAGCGGGCAGGCACGAGUUCAUACCUGAAAUAUUCCUCUGUGCGGGUCACGAACGAGGAGGACAUGAUUCUUGCCAGGGAGACUCGGGAGGCCCAUUGCAGGUCAAAGGCAAAGAUCAAAGAUAUUUCCUGGCAGGUAUAAUAAGUUGGGGCAUCGGCUGUGGCGAGGCGAACUUGCCCGGAGUUUGUACGAGAAUAUCUAAGUUUGUACCGUGGAUUUUGCAAACUGUGAACUCUUAAAACAACCAUUCCGUUGGUGUUUAUCAAUAUUGAUCAAUAGACUUGUAAAGUGAAAGUGAGAACUACUAACAAAUAUGUGGUGAAAAAACAAGAGCGGAAAAUACAAGGCAAAGUGAUUUUAAUCAUACGAUUAAUUUUAAACACGUAACGAUAGCAAACUCGAAUAUUGUAAGUGAUUGUAAUAUGAUAGGGAAUUUGGCUCUUGUUUUAAAGAAGUCAUACAAAUAUGAUUAAUAAUUUUAUUAACAAUCCCCGUGAAUUUCCUUAAAUUAGCAAUUAAAUUCUAACUUAGAUAUUAGCAAUGAAAUCAAAUACUAACACUCAUAUAAAAAUUACUUUAAAAAAAAUAUUACUGUUGUUCAUAUUCUGAUACAUAGUGUCAAAUACCCUAUUGUAUUAACUAAAAACUGGAUGAUUUGUAUUUUGAAAGGGAAAUGCCCAGUCGACAAAGGAGUUUUGGCCAAGGUAUGGCCAUCAGUGAAAGGAAUUGUAAGCAUUAGGAUUGAAGUCACUGAAUAAAGAAACAAGCGCUAUAUUUUUGUACAUAGGACUCAGACCAACUUUUGUAUUUCAUGUAGCAAUAAUAAGUGUAAAUUAAAAAUUUAUAACACCCCCGACAAGUGAAGGUUACAGUAACUAGAAAA